UUAACUCGAAGUGACUUUGCGAAAAGAUGGCAAGCUCCCAGGGAUCCAGCCCAGCCAUUGCGCACGUCUACAGGGGAACAUUUGUCCACUCCACCCCGCACACCGCUCUGCAAAUCCUAGAGGAUGCGCUCCUUGGAGUGGAUACGGAGGGAAAAAUUGCUUUUAUUGGGAAAGGUGAGGAGCUGAACAAGCUGUCUCAAAGCUGUGGAUUCAGCCCAUCUGAAGUCAUUCAACUAGCACAGCAUGAGUUCUUCAUGCCAGGAAUGGUGGACACCCACAUCCAUGCACCUCAGUACAGCUACGCAGGCACAGCCCUGGACCUGCCCUUACUCCAGUGGCUCAACACCUACACCUUUCCUGUGGAGUCACGUUUCAAGGACUUGGAAUUUGCCCGCAGCGUCUACACACAAGUAGUGAAAAGGACCCUGAGAAAUGGAACAACCACUGCAUGUUACUUUGCCACCAUACACACAGAUGCCUCUCUGCUCCUGGGCAAGAUCACAAAUGACUUUGGACAGCGUGCCUUGGUGGGGAAGGUGUGCAUGGACAUCAACAAUGCUGUGAAGCAUUACAAAGAGACCAGUGAGGAGUCUCAGGAGGAAACCUGUCGGUUCAUUGCAGAGCUCUUGAAGAAGAAGUACCCGCUUGUGAAGCCAGUGGUGACGCCUCGCUUCGCUCUGUCCUGCUCAGCAGACUUGCUGGAACAACUGGGAGCAAUCGCCAAGAACAACAACUUGCACAUUCAGAGCCACAUCAGUGAGACCAUUGAGGAGGUGAACGUAGUCAAGAAGCUGUUUCCCGACUCGGAGUCCUACACAGACGUCUACCUCAAACACAACCUGCUGACCGACAAGACAGUGAUGGCCCAUGGCUGCCACCUCACUGAUGAAGAGCUGGCUCUGUUCAGAGAGACAGGAGCCUCACUGUCUCACUGUCCCAACUCCAACAUCUCGCUGUGCAGUGGGAUGUUGAACGUCCGUAAUGUUCUGAACCAUAAAGUGAAGCUGGGCCUGGGAACAGACGUGGCAGGGGGCUACUCUGCCUCCAUGCUGGACGCUGUGAGGAGAACCCUGGACACAUCAAAGGUCUUGACCAUCCAGGAGCCGGACUACUGCACGCUCAGCUUCGAGGAGGUUUUCAGGCUGGCCACACUGGGAGGCAGCCAAGCACUUUCCAUGGAUGACCACACUGGGAACUUUGAAGUGGGCAAAGACUUUGAUGCCCUGAGGGUGAAUGUUGCUGCGCCUGAGGGACCCAUCGACCUCGUCCAGGUUGACGAGCCAAAGAUUCUUUUGGAGAAGUUUUUGAAUUUGGGUGAUGACCGAAACAUUGUGGAGGUGUAUGUGGCCGGGAGGAAGGUGGUACCAUUUGAGUAAAUCCUGUUGCCUUGUCGGCCUCUCCUCCACGAAACAACGUUUGCCCAGCCAAAAUGCUGACCUUUUGUAUGAUUCAGCAAGGAGAGAUUUUAGAGCUACAUAUCUUAAACAUCUGUUUAAUAUAAGAGUAGGCCUACUGGCGGAAUGCUCUAUUGCUGUCAGAAAUGCACUAUUCUCUUUUGAAGCUCAGAUGAAUAAGUAGGAAAUUAAUUAGCACCAUGAAUGUUUAGAUGUCUAAUCUACAAAAGUAGAGAGGUCAUGUGUUCUACUGUGGGAGGUGAUAUGCUAUUUAUGACUUUCACGAGGCUCACACAAGACAAGGGUCAAAAGUCUAAAUGUGCAAUUAAAGUGCUUGUGAAGUGGGAUUUAGUGAGCACUCUCAAACAGCAACUAUUAGUUAUUCCAGACAAACCGCUACCACCAGGCUACAUGCUUAUCCUUUUUGUGCUAAAAAACACAUUCAUGCGAUAAAACUUUUAGAGUAACUUACUGCCUGUUAUUUUUUUCUAAGUUUCUGAUUCUCAUUUUACUUUAGUUCUUGAACUCGUGUUAAACUUUUAUAAUUUUGUACUAUUUACUCAGCCAGUUUAGAUGCUCUUAAACAGUCUAGAGACUCAUUUCAAGCUCAUUUCAAAAUACAAGGUACAGCCUCUUUUGGUUUUCAACUAUUUUAGUAUCAAGAACCCCCAAAUUGAUGCACAUGAGGCUAUAGACUUGUAUUUGGUACGACAGUCUCAGGGAUCCCCAUCUAAUAAGAUUUAGUUAUUCCAUAACUGUCUGUACUGUAAAUUAGCACAUUAACAGUGAAGAGCCUGACACGUGUGAACAGAAUAGUUAUUCUUAUAAAUUCUCUGACUUCCAGUCAAUAAAAUAAUAGUAAAAUUAAAAUAUUCUUCAUUUUUCUGGGGACCCCCUGGAACCCUCUUAAAGACCCCUGGGGGUCCCCAGACCCCAGGUUGAGAAGUGAUAUAUUUUAAGAUAUGUUGUAGUCAAGCGAUUCCAUUGGCUUUCAUUAUACUUUCAUCACAUUCAGUACUUGAUUAAGUAAACCCACUCAAGAUGGGCAAUUCUCCUUAUAGUUAAGUGUCCACUCAGGACUUGAAGCUCACAGCAAGAGGCUGGCGGAGCUCAGAGCAGCACUUUGAUAAGCUUAAAGAGCUCGGUACUAAAAGGAGGGUACAGGAACAGAGGGAGCCAAGUGCUGCUGGAUGCUUUUGAAUAAAAAGAGAAACGCUCAGUGUGGUCACAGCUCCCGACCUGAUUAAAUCUAAAGGGGCUUAAUGAUGCAUCUUUCAUGCUCAAGUACUAAUAAAAUGCAUUAAAAUCAGUGGAGUUCAAACGUACUCGUAGCUCAUUCCAUUUGUUUACACUGUGCACUCCCUUAAAAUGGCAGGGGAGCCUUUGUGGAAUUGUUUGAAAUUACAAAAGCAUGUGAGUACUUACUUCUGUCAUAACAUUAAGUCAAUACAUUUGUAAGCAUAGGCUACUUAAAAAUUGCAAACAUUCUCAGUAUGGUAAAAAAAAAAAAAA